UUCACGCCCGUAACGCUGCGCCACCUGGAUUACGUGUCUGUGUUGUGUCUCGCCUCUGAUUGGCUGGCUUGAGUUGUGUUAGUGGGCGCGGCUUAGCACGUGCUGCACAGUGUUACACACUGUUGAAUUGGCUCUACGAUUUGCGAUCGAGCUGCGCCGAUCACUUGUUGAUUUCUGGUCUCCAGACUUUCAAUAUAUUAAAAGUCAGCAAUUACGGUGCGACAUUUUGUGUUUCCGCAUAGCUCGCCAUCCAGAUCGUAUUGCUCGCUCUACGGGAUAGAUUCCGUUUCUGUCUCCGUCCCUGGAUCCAUUCUGGAUCUAGCAUUAGAUGGUAGCAGAGCCGACAGCGGUUCUCUGAUUGAUUUGAUUUGUGUCAGGCAUAUUUGGCCUGUUAUCCGACGUGAAACCCGUGACCAGUAAGGCACAGGUCUGUCCUACAGCAAAGCGCACACCACAAGCGGUGCAAUUUCCCCCAUUGGACGCGGAUUUCCAGCUUCGGUUUUCGGUACGGUAUCUUCAGCGAAGAACCGUGCUGUUUCCUUAGCUGUGCAAGAGUUCAAGAGUUUCAGUCGUCAGUGUUCCUCGGUGUAGAGUCUUCAGCGAAGACCUACACUGGUGUCACUGAUACUCGGCAAGGCUUCAGCGAAGCCUAAGCCGUGGGCCACAAGAGGCGAAGCGCCGAAAGGGGCGCACGGGAAAAGACAGAUCAGACUCCUCCAAACUGGUUGUAGAGCACUACUGUUGCUACGGCACAGCCGGCACAGUACUAGACUAAUAUCGCGAGGCACGCUACGGAACAGCGGCGACGCGGGAGCGGAGUUGGAAGAAGAAUCUGGAUCAUUCGGAUCAUUUUCCCGUGGAACGUGGAACGGACGGACGGUUAACAGAUUCAAAACGGAGAAAAUGGCACAGAAAGGUCACGCCACUCCUAAAAGCGCAGGACCCGCGUCGGAGAUAAACAGAUCUACGGGCUAUAACCCAAAGUGUCCGGACUGUUUACGGAAUAACAGAAAAGUCGACAAGAAGUUCCCGUGUUACACUUGCGUUCACAAGUUGGGAGACCCACACAUUGUUUCACUUGUGGGACUUAUGGAAGCUAAACGGGGAAACAUGGAUGUUUUUCGAAACCUCAUCAGCGCGAGGAAUUACGGCAGCAUCCCAGUGGAAGAGCGAAUGUUACUAGAGGAUCGAUACCGGGAGGCGAUCCAGAAUAACGAAAGCGGUUGGGACGAGACUUUGGAGCCGCUGAAAUGCCCGCAAACAGAUGCAUACCGUAAGAAGUUUGAGGAGGAUCAGGAGAAGAUGCGACGACAACAGCUGGAGGAUGAACUCCGGGCGAAGAUCAAUGCGGCGAAUCAGAAGGCGAGCGAACAGGCCGCACGAGAGGCGCUGCCCAAUUCAUCGAGCUCAGCCGUACCCACAGCGAGUCACAACGACGAUGAAGCCCAGUUGACACGCCAGUCCCUGAUCAUCCAGAUUGACACGCUGACAAGCGAUCCGGCCGCCAUGCAACAGGAAUUAUUUGAUGCGCUGUUGCGAGAAAAGCUGAGACUACAGAAAGGUUGGAAAUUUGUCAAUACCUGGGGAUCGAAUAUGACUCGGUUGAAGCAAAUAAGAUCGGCACCAUAAUGCGCCAGUUACGUCAAUUUUUAUUUGAUUCGGGCUAUGCGAAAGAAAUCAAAGAAGGAGUGGAACAAGGAAGUUUCCGUCAACUAUACAUUCCCCGCGACUCAGCAAGAGAUUGUUACCUCCCUAUCCGACGAAACGGAUUACAUAGCCUGUUGGAUCUGAAUCUGUUGGACGUGCCACUGGAUACGACUGACCCAGUCGGGAUGACACAAUUUUACUAUAGAGAUUAUCCCGAACGACAAGAAUAUGUGGCUCAGUUUGUUUUACGACACGUGAAUCCAGCCUUCAAGUUGCUUGCAGCAAGAGCAUCGAUCGGAUUACAAGUGGAUCCUAAAGACCAUGCCGCAAAAAGGAUGGGGCAAAAGGUUUUUGCUGCGAGAUUGGCACAUUAUAAGACACAUAACCAGUUGGUGUCCAAUACCAUGAAGGACGAUAUCCCACUACUCUUCCGACCUCACGUGGCGAAAUUGGGCGAACCUAUGGAACAUGUUGGAAUAGCCCAUACGGCAAGAAAGGCACUGAAAAAGUGUAAGAUACGAAUGGAAAAGGGUAAUCUUACACAACGCCACGCCUCCCAGGUAGAAGAGAGGAUUAAUAAGAUCAAAGACACCAUGGGAAGUGACUACGUCGAACCUUUUGACGGAGUCGAAAUGUACAUUGACGAAUUCCUUGUGAAGAAAAGUGACCGACGCCCGGAACGCGCUCCUAACCAGAUAGGACGGCGUGGCCUAAGAAACCAGCAACUCCGCGAUAACCUCGCUGACGUGCAACAGAGAUUGGCGGAUGACCCUAACAGCCGGAGACUCCGGCUAGAAGAAAAUGACGCACGCCACCGGGUAGAGGCGGUUAAACGCAGUCGCCAAGGGAAAGGUCGUGGUCAGCGAGAAGUUGACCCGGAAAAGGUCAUGGCAGUUGAUUCCACGGAACCAGUUGACCGAACGUCUGACCGCAAUCAACCGGAAAGUUCUAAGAAGCGCCCGCCAAGAGAUGGCGAGGACGAUUCAAAUGAAAUGGAAUAGUGUUGAUCGUCAGGAUCACACUAUUAAAAAGGCGUCUACGGCAUAUGUCGGUACGUCAGAAAAAUGAAACAGGGUGUUGUAUAAAAGGGCGUUAUGACUUGUUUACAUAAACUGUAUUCAUGUAUUGUUGUUUUCAGCGUUUAUAGCACAGAAUUGCCUAAAAGAAAUCAUGUGGAGCAUCUAAUUGGGGUAAACUUGAUGCGGCAGCCAGCCGGCCCCAACGGAGUUGCUACGGCAAUUAGCCGGCUCUCCUCCUUAAGCGAUUCAGUGUUAUAAAUUUUCAAGAGAAACUACGGCAAUCAAGCCGGAUCUCUUGAAUACGAAAAAGGGCCACAAGCGGCGAAAAACAGAAAGACAACAGGUGGAAAUAUUAAUGAGGUAAACUUGAUGCGGCAGUUAGCCGGCCUCAUUAGAGUUGCUACGGUAAACUAUGCCGGCAAUCUCUCUGAGUGACCCAGUAUUACAAAUCAACGAGAGAAAUAGCGGUAACCAAGCCGGAUCUCUCGUACCGAAGUUGGGCCACAAGCGGCGAACAAGAGUAAAAGAUUUAAUGUGGAAGCGUCAUGGGGUAAAUUUAAUGCGGUAGCAAGCCGGCCCCAUCAAAGAUGUUACGGUAAACUCUGCCGGCACUCUGGCCGCUCGAGGCAUAUUGAAGUUGGAUGUGCGACAGAAAGGUCAACUUAAAAGUUUUACCAGGGAGGCAAGCGAAGAAAUGCUUGAAAGUCGGCAAAAAUCGGCUAAGUUCCUCCAUGACCUUUACCGGAGAUUUGAAGAGAAGAUGGAUGACCUUUGGGAUCACUAUUUCCCAACAGAGUCAUCGUAUUGGAAUUUAAGUCGCAUGACCUUUUGGGACCAUUAACCCAUAACGAGUCGCACAUCUCAACGGAUCAUCUCAACAAAGGAUGACCUUUAUCAGGGAGGAAGCGAACUACGCUUGUCUAUAUGACGUCCCUCCAUGACCUUUAGUGGAUCUCAUUUUGAAGUCGUACAAUUGAUACGCACCUUAUUCCAAAGAUGAAGCACUAGUACUAAAUCUAAAGUACUAAAUAAAGUACUAAAUCUAAAUGGUUAUAAACUGGAUUAUUGCGAAUGCCGACGCAGAACAUUAAUAAUUUCAUCUGUGAAUUAUGCGGAAAAGUUUGUGCAACUGCUCAUGGGAUCGGAAAACACCGUGAUAGUGGAAAAUGCAGAGAAGCACAGGCCAGAAAUCUACGUAGCGAACCCGCGAUCCCCUCAGCAUCCCGCCAAGCCAUCUCUCCAGAAGAAAAGCUAGAGGACACACUCUCUCGCUUAAGGCGGACUAACCCCAUUCUCCCGCGUGUUCCAGUUGGUGCCAGAGAUGCGUGUGCAGAUGCUUUUGCGGAAUUGUUAUUCGCAUGCUGCGCCAAAAACGAUAUCGGUGCAUGGAGCGACUUGAUCCUUUUCGCACCGAAUAUCCUAACAGCUCCUCCUACGAAAUCAGGCAAAGGGCCAUCGCUCGCUACAUCGGUCAAACGGAAUUUGACAGGAAGACAGUCGGACACUGCUCCCCCUCUGGGAAAGAAGCAGCAGAAACCUAAAGCAGCACCGGCAGUCAAGGCCAAGUUAGUGAACGCCAAAUUAGAAUGCGGGUCGAUAGGGAGAGCGAUGAACAUCCUUGUGUCCCAAGAAACCAUCGCUCCUCUAUCAGAUGAAGUUAUCGCGACUUUAAAAGAGAAGCAUCCAGGUCGACCCGUUGACCUGGAUGAUACGGUGCGUAUCGUCGACGUGGCUCCAGCUGACGUAACACACAGAGAACUGCUAUCUGCUGUUGAGUCGUUUGAUUCAGGUACAUGCCCAGGCCCCGAUGGACUACGCGCGGACCACCUGAAGGAUCUGUUGUUCACUCAGGGGGAAACCCGCCGCAAGUUACUGGAUGCCCUGGUUAAGUUUGCCGACCAUGUAUUGAAGCGGGAAAUCCCAGCGGAGGCAAGGACCAUUUUCUUCGGGGCAAACUUGUUUCCCUUUGUGAAACCUAACGGCGGCAUUCGCCCCAUUGCCUCUGGAUGCACACUACGCCGCCUAGUCGCAAAAAUCGUGUGUUUUCGGUUGACGGAAGAAAUGGGAAAUUAUUUCCGACCCAUCCAGUUUGGUUUCGGCACUAAGAAAGGAGCGGAAAUAGUGGUGCACAGCGCCAGAGAAUUUUUGGAAACGUCGUCCACAAAGCCACGAGCAUUUGUUAAGUUCGAUUUUACUAACGCAUUUAAUACAGUCCGGCGAGACAAGUUGUUAGCCAAAGUUUUUGAGCGGAUCCCAGCGUAUUAUAAUUUCGUUCAUUCAGCCUACGGUGACAGCACAACUUUGUUUUGCAUUUCCCCUAAUAGUGGAAUCACCAUUCCCUCGGCUUGCGGUGUGCAGCAGGGAGACCCCUGCGCACCUAUGUACUAUGGCCUACUGACGCAGGAUGUCUCUUCCCAGAGUGAAGCCGCAAUUAACCUCUGGUAUUUAGAUGACGGUGUUUCCGCAGGAGAUCCGCAAGCGGUGAAAGACACUCUGGUAAACAUCCAAGGAGCAGCCGCCACAGUCGGAUUGCAGUUAAACACGGCAAAAUGCGAGCUGUACGUGGACGGCGGAACCGUCGAUGAACGGCAGACCGUGAUUCAGUCCUUUUUGAACGCUGCACCGGAUAUCCGACUUUCGAAACCCGAAGAACUGGAACUGCUGGGUUCUCCUCUGCUGAACGAAGCUGUUUCGGGCGCGUUGAUGAGGAAGGUCGGUCAAGCACAAGUGCUUGCCGACCAGCUCGGUAUAUUGCCUUCACAUCAAGCGCUGUUUCUACUUAAAAACUGUUUGUCGCUGCCGAAAUUAUUGUAUCUCCUUAGAACCUCACCCUGCUGGCAGUUCCCGGAAGAAUUGAAGAAAUUUGAUGAAGUCAUCAGUGCGAAAACAGAACAGCUGACCAAUGUGGCAAUGAUCAGCUCAGUCUGGACACAAGCCUCGCUACCUACAAAAUUUGGAGGCCUGGGACUGGUCUGUGCAGCGGACGUCGCGUUAGCUGCCUAUGCCGCAUCGGUUCACGGAGCGGCCGACAUGGUGUGCUGCAUUACGGGCAACGCCUCUAUGAAAGAAAGGACCAACCAGCUAACCGAAGUGUGGAGUGGACGUUAUUCCCUGGAACCCCCGCGGAUGGAAAGCCGACACCUUCAGUCGGCCUGGACAGCACUGCAACAUACCCAGAUAGCAUCCCGCAUGAUGGAGAAUGCCGACGUAUUUACCUCUGCUCGCCUGUUGGCUGCAUCCUCACCGGAAUCGCGUGCCUGGUUGUCUGCUUUGCCGGUAACAAUAUUUGGAAAUUUACUGGAGGAUGCCCACUUACGAAUAGCCGUGGCGCGCCGGCUGGGAGCUCCAGUAUGUCAGAUGCAUGUGUGUCGAUGCGGCAGCACCGUGGACAGUCUCGGACACCAUGGCCUGGUUUGCAAGCUGGCGAAAGGAAGGCUCGGUGUCCACGCCGUUCUGAAUGAAGCAACUAAGCGGGCUUUGACUUCGGCAAAAGUGCCUUCCUCACUCGAGCCGGUGGGCUUAGACAGAGGCGACGGAAAGCGGCCCGACGGAGUGACAGCUUUCCCGUGGAAGAAUGGAAAGCCGCUAGUGUGGGAUGUUACCGUGGCAGACACUUUUGCCCAAACUUACAUCGGCCAGACGUCCAGAGCGCCGGGGAGUGCAGCGGAAAUACGGGAAAACCGAAAGUUAGGAAAGUACAGCGGGCUGGCAGAUCGCUACGUUGUUCAACCGCUGGCGUUCGAAACUACGGGAACAUUCGGACCGCUGACGAAGAAGUUCUUUAAGGAUUUGUCGAGAAAGAUCUGUGACUGUACAGGCAACCCUCGCUCAGGGGAGUUUUUGCGUCAGAAAAUAGGUAUCGAGAUUCAGCGAGGAAAUGCAGUAUCUGUUCUCGGUACUUUUAGUGACAUGGUGGAGAAGGAGGAUGUGUAUUUUGCCUUCAAAUUAGCUAAACGGCAAUGAAUGUCAAGGAUUGUUGUUUUUGUUACUUGUGUAAUACGCUAUGUAAUUCAAUAAAGCCGACUCGGAAGAUGAAGCAGUAUUUCUAAGUCGUACUUGAUACGCAAAUUGAUUCUCAAGCGGAUGUGAUGAAAAGUCGCACUACACGUGCGCAUGUUGCUCAAGCGGAGCGAAGUGGCUCAAAUUGGAGCGGAAUUGGACCAAAAAGUUUUUAACGGUUGACGGGGAUACCUGUGACCUUUAUGAGUGGAGGAUCCUAGUCUACGGAAUUUUGAUAAACUGCAUCUGUUGAUCUGUUUAACUGUUGAUCUGUUUUGUAUUAGAAUUAAUAUGGAAUAGUAUUUUGAUACAGAUCUCUUUAUUUCACAUUGUGCAUUUGGACGGAGCGGAGCUCGGCAUCCCCCCAGAGGCAUGUGAGCGGGGGUUCACUAGCGUUCACGCCCGUAACGCUGCGCCACCUGGAUUACGUGUCUGUGUUGUGUCUCGCCUCUGAUUGGCUGGCUUGAGUUGUGUUAGUGGGCGCGGCUUAGCACGUGCUGCACAGUGUUACACACUGUUGAAUUGGCUCUACGAUUUGCGAUCGAGCUGCGCCGAUCACUUGUUGAUUUCUGGUCUCCAGACUUUCAAUAUAUUAAAAGUCAGCAAUUACGGUGCGACAUUUUGUGUUUCCGCAUAGCUCGCCAUCCAG